UAUUCGUGUGUGCAAAUGCACAGGUUGAUUACUAGUUAUAGAUACUCAAACAUGUUCGAAAAUUAUAUACAUGAAUUAAUAAUUUAAUACACACCUAACAAUAUACUCAAAAACUUGUACUUAAUUUCUGCAUAUCCUUAAGAGAAAUUGUCACAUCUUCGUCGAUCUGAGAUUUCGACUCCGUCGGUGAACUCGGCAAUGGCAGCGAUGGCCAGGGCAGGUUCCGGCUUAGCUUACCCGGAGCGAUUCUAUGCGGCGGCGACUUACUGCGGCUUUGGCGGAUCCCCAGACACCGUGGCCAAAGGCGUCACCUCCAAGUUCUCAAAUGACACUGCACUGCUCCUCUACGCCCUUUAUCAUCAGGCAGCUAUAGGGCCUUGUAACGUUCCUAAGCCUAGGGGUUGGAAUCCUGUUGAGCAAAGCAAAUGGACAAGCUGGAGUGAACUUGGAAACAUGGCUUCCGCUGAGGCAAUGCGCCUCUUUGUCAAAAUAUUAGAGGAGGAAGAUCCAGGAUGGUAUUCAAGAGUAUCAAACUUUGUUGCAGAGCCCAAUCAAGAUGUUGAAAUAAAACAUAGCCCAGAAGUAGUGGCAGUCUCCGAAAAUGGAAACAAUAUCCUAGAGGUGAAGACUGUUCCGAUUGAAAAUGGCAACCUGUCUGAAACACAGGAUAAAGAUGUUGUAUCGGAGGGUCUUGGGGUAGUUAGUGUAUAUGACCAGUGGAUUGGACCUCCAAUAUCUGGCCCGCGUCCAAAAGCCAGAUACGAGCAUGGAGCAGCUAUUAUUGAGGAUAAGAUGUACGUAUUUGGUGGAAACCACAAUGGUCGUUACCUAAGUGAUCUCCAGGUUCUGAAUAUGAGAAGUUGGACUUGGUCCAAAGUUGAAGUUCAGGAAGGGACAACUCCUUGUGCCGGCCAUUCGUUGAUACCGUGGGAUGGGAAGCUUCUUUCAGUCGCUGGACAUACAAAGGAUCCUUUUGAAACAUUACAAGUGAAGGUGUUUGACCCGCAAACUUGUACUUGGUCUACGCUGAAGACUUAUGGAAAGCCUCCGGUAUCUCGUGGAGGACAGUCAGCGACCCUCGUGGGAAUGACUCUCGUCAUAUUUGGCGGACAGGAUGCAAAGAGAUCACUUUUAAAUGACCUGCACAUUCUGGACUUAGAAAGCAUGACUUGGGAUGAAAUGGAGAUGGCGGGGGUUCCACCUUCUCCAAGGUCUGAUCACGCUGCAGCAGUACAUGCAGAUCGUUACCUUCUUAUUUUUGGUGGCGGCUCACAUGCAACUUGCUUUAAUGACCUUCACGUUCUUGAUCUUAAAACUAUGGAAUGGUCAAGACCAACACAGCAGGGUGAGAUACCUAGUCCGCGUGCUGGCCAUGCUGGUGUUACAAUUGGAGAGAAUUGGUUCAUUGUUGGCGGGGGGAACAAUAAGAGCGGAGUCUCAGAGACUGUUGUCCUCAACAUGUCCACAUUGAUCUGGUCGAUUGUAACUACUGUCCAAGGACGUGUUCCUCUUGCUAGCGAGGGUUCGAGUUUAGUCCUUAGCUCUUACAGUGGUGAAGAUGUGCUAGUCUCAUUUGGCGGAUACAAUGGGAGGUACAACAAUGAGGUUAAUGUACUUAAACCAAGUCAUAAAUCAACUUUGCAAUCAAAGAUGGUGACAGUAGUGCCUGAUAGUGUAUCAGCUGUUCAAAACAUCACUAAUGCUACCAGAGAUUUGGGAUCUGAGCUUGAGACAGGUCAAGAAGGAAAAAUAAGGGAAAUCGGUGUGGACAAUAUUGAUGCUGAACCAAAGAUUAGCAAGAGCGAAGAGACAAGUGAUCGUCUUUUAGAAGCCCUUAAGACAGAGAAAGAACAAUUAGAGUCAUCUCUCACUAUGGAGAAAAUGCAGACCCUACAAUUAAAGCAAGCGUUGACGGAUGCUGAAACUCGCAACACAGAUUUGUACAAGGAACUUCAAUCUGUGAGAGGCCAGCUUGCAGCAGAGCAAUCUAGAUGUUUCAAACUUGAGAAGGAGCUCGAAAUCCUCCAACGGCAAAAAGCCGCUUCUGAACAGGCUGCACUUAGCGCAAAACAACGACAAAGCUCAGGUGGCGUAUGGGGUUGGCUUGCUGGAUCACCACCUGGCGAAAAAGUGCAUUCUGCAUAUCCCCAAGAGAAAUUGUCACAUAUUCGUCGAUCUGAAAUUUCGAUUCCGUUGGUGAACUCGGCAAUGGCAGCGAUGGCCAAGGCAGGUUCCGGCCUAGCUUAUCCGGAUCGAUUCUAUGCGGCAGCGACUUACUGCGGCUUUGGCGGAUCCCCAGACACCGCGGCCAAAGGCGUUACCUCCAAGUUCUCAAAUGACACUGCACUGCUCCUCUACGCCCUUUAUCAGCAGGCAGCUAUAGGGCCUUGUAACGUUCCUAAGCCUAGGGGUUGGAAUCCUAUUGAACAAAGCAAAUGGACAAGCUGGAAUGAACUUGGAAACAUGGCUUCCACUGAGGCAAUGCGCCUCUUUGUCAAAAUAUUAGAGGAGGACGAUCCAGGAUGGUAUUCAAGAGUAUCAAACUUUGUUGCAGAGCCCAAUCAAGAUGUUGAAUUAAACCAUAGCCCAGAAGUAGUGGCCGUCUCCGAAAAUGGAAACAAUAUCCUAGAGGUGAAGACUGUUCCGAUUGAAAAUGGCAACCUCUCUGAAACACAGGAUAAAGAUGUUGUAUUGGAGGGUCUUGGGGUAGUUAGUGUAUAUGACCAGUGGAUUGGACCUCCAAUAUCUGGCCCGCGUCCAAAAGCCAGAUACGAGCAUGGAGCAGCUAUUAUUGAGGAUAAGAUGUACAUAUUUGGUGGAAACCACAAUGGUCGUUACCUAAGUGAUCUUCAGGUUCUGAAUAUGAGAAGUUGGACUUGGUCCAAAGUUGAAGUUCAGGAAGGGACAACUCCUUGUGCCGGCCAUUCGUUGAUACCGUGGAAUGGGAAGCUUCUUUCAGUCGCUGGACAUACAAAGGACCCUUCUGAAACAUUACAAGUGAAGGUGUUUGACCCGCAAACUUGUACUUGGUCUACGCUGAAGACUUAUGGAAAGCCUCCGGUAUCUCGUGGAGGACAGUCAGCGACCCUCGUGGGAAUGACUCUCGUCAUAUUUGGCGGACAGGAUGCAAAGAGAUCACUUUUAAAUGACCUGCACAUUCUGGACUUAGAAAGCAUGACUUGGGAUGAAAUGGAGAUGGCGGGGGUUCCACCUUCUCCUAGGUCUGAUCACGCUGCAGCAGUACAUGCAGAUCGUUACCUUCUUAUUUUUGGUGGCGGCUCACAUGCAACUUGCUUUAAUGACCUUCACGUUCUUGAUCUUAAAACUAUGGAAUGGUCAAGACCAACACAGCAGGGUGAGAUACCUAGUCCGCGUGCUGGCCAUGCUGGUGUUACAAUUGGAGAGAAUUGGUUCAUGGUUGGUGGGGGGAACAAUAAGAGCGGAGUCUCAGAGACUGUUGUCCUCAACAUGUCCACAUUGGUCUGGUCGAUUGUAACUACUGUCCAAGGACGUGUUCCUCUUGCUAGCGAGGGUUUGAGUUUAGUCCUUAGCUCUUUCAGUGGUGAAGAUGUGCUAGUCUCAUUUGGCGGAUACAAUGGGAGGUACAACAAUGAGGUUAAUGUACUUAAACCAAGUCAUAAAUCAACUUUGCAAUCAAAGAUGGUGACAGUAGUGCCUGAUAGUGUAUCAGCUGUUCAAAAUGUCACUAGUGCUACCAGAGAUUUGGGAUCUGAGCUUGAGACAGGUCAAGAAGGAAAAAUAAGGGAAAUCGGUGUGGACAAUAUUGAUGCUGAACCAAAGAUUAGCAAGAGCGAAGAGACAAGUGAUCGUCUUUUAGAAGCCCUUAAGACAGAGAAAGAACAAUUAGAGUCAUCUCUCACUACGGAGAAAAUGCAGACCCUUCAGUUAAAGCAAGAGUUGACGGAUGCUGAAACUCGCAACACAGACUUAUACAAGGAACUUCAAUCUUUGAGAGGCCAGCUUGCAGCAGAGCAAUCUAGAUGUUUCAAACUUGAGAAGGAGCUCGAAAUCCUCCAACGACAAAAAGCCGCUUCUGAACAGGCUGCACUUAGCGCUAAACAAAGACAGGGCUCAGGUGGCGUAUGGGGUUGGCUUGCUGGAUCGCCACCUGGCGAAAAAGUUGGUGACACAUAA